UCCAGUCCUCUUCAGAUAGCUCAGCUAGAUACAAUUGCGUUUGGCAUCAGUAGUGCGCAGAUCUUAGAUCUUUGUGGGUUGUGACACUCUCGGAAACAAACCGGAGGGCAGGGGCGUAUAAUCACGCAUCUCAGAGUUGAGUUUCCACGCGCCAUCAUUCCAGGACUGUGACGGAGGAGGACCCCUCAGGAUGGCCACCAUUCCAGAGUACUAUGCAGGAAAGAGUGUGCUGAUCACGGGCGCCACGGGCUUUAUGGGGAAGGUUCUGCUGGAGAAGCUGCUGCGCUCCUGCCCCGGGGUCAAAACCACCUACGUGCUGGUCCGCUCCAAAGCGGGCCAAUCACCCAGCGCUCGUGUCGCAGACAUGAUCAACUGCAAACUGUUUGACAGAUUAAGAGAGGAACAGCCGGAUUUUGCCGAGAAGAUCGUGGCAGUGAACAGUGACCUGACCCAGCCGGAUCUGGAUCUCAGCAGGGAGGACCAGGACAAGCUCACAGGCUGUGUCCACAUCGUCUUCCACUGCGCCGCCACCAUCCGCUUCAACGAGCCCCUCAAGGACGCCAUGCAGCUGAACGUGCUGGCCACGCAGAAGAUGGUGAGCCUCGCCCACAGGAUGAAAAACCUGGAGGUCUUCAUCCACGUCUCCACGGCCUAUGCGAACUGCGACCGCGAGCUGAUUGAGGAGGUGGUCUACCCGCCCCCCGUGGACUACAGGAAGCUCAUAGAUACACUGGAGUGGAUGGACGAUAAACUGGUCAGCCUGAUGACCCCAAAGCUGAUCGGGGAGCGACCCAACACGUACACGUACACCAAAGCGCUGGCGGAGUACCUGGUGCAGCAGGAGUGUGGAAACCUCAAUGUGGCCAUCGUCCGGCCGUCUAUAGUGGGAGCCAGCUGGAAAGAGCCCUUCCCUGGCUGGAUAGAUAACUUCAACGGUCCUAGUGGGAUAAUCAUUGCUGCUGGGAAAGGCAUCUUGCGCACCAUGCGAGCGUCCAACACCGCCAUUGCUGACCUUGUACCCGUGGACGUGGUCAUCAACACCACGCUGGCUGCGGCUUGGUACUCUGGUUCCCAGAGACACACCAGGCCUAAAAGUGUGUUGGUGUACAACUGCACGACGGGUGCGAUCAACCCCUUCCGCUGGGGGGAAGUAGAGUACCAUGUUAUAUCUACUUUCAAGAGGAACCCCCUCGAGCAGGCUUUCAGACGGCCCAAUGUAAAUCUCACAUCCAAUCACCUAAUCAAUCAGUACUGGAUUGCUGUAAGCCAUAAGGCACCAGCAUUCCUCUAUGAUCUGUGCCUCAGGAUAACGGGAAGGGAGCCCAGGAUGAUGAAGACGAUAACACGGUUGCACAAGGCCAUGGUGGUGCUGGAGUACUUCACCAGCCACUCGUGGGUCUGGAAUACAGACAACGUGACCAUGCUCAUAAACCAGAUGGGAGCUGAAGACAGGAGGGUGUUUAACUUUGAUGUCAGACAGUUGCACUGGGCAGAAUACAUGGAGAAUUACUGCAUGGGCACAAAGAAAUAUGUGCUGAACGAGGAGUUAUCAGGCCUGCCAGCCGCACGCAAACACCUGACCAAGCUGCGGAACAUCCGCUACACGUUCAACACAGUGCUGGUGGUCCUGCUGUGGCGUGUCUUCAUCGCCCGUUCCCAGAUGGCACGCAACAUCUGGUACUUCGUGGUCAACCUGUGCUUCAAGUUCCUCUCCUACUUCAGGGCGUCCAGCACCAUGAGAUACUGAAACCCCCCACUCCACCCCCCCCACCCCCUCUCUCUGCUGCUUUCUCUGGCCUGUGAUAGCUAUGCAUACGCUACAGCUCAGCAAAGCUCUGGACUCCAGAGCACCCUUCUUCCCCCCUCCCCCCACCCCCCACCCCACCGUUAGGGUCAAACCCGGCCAGUCAAGUCCAUGUGGGCUUCUUGCCUUGGCCGUUUAAUAGGAAGCAGGACUGGUUGGGGCUCGAGUCAUGUAAGGCGCUAACACCGCCAGGGCUCUGAACGUUCUUGCCGAGACUGCCUAAGCAUCGACUGUACGUCCGCCAACUCCUGACCACAAGGAGGCGCCUGGCAAACGUCCAUUUUCACGGUUUACACUCGUUUAUGACAUUUUUUCCCCCCAACCUUAUCCAAUCAUGUACAAGGCAGGAAAAUAAGGAAUUUGCUAACUGAAUCACUGCUCUGUGCCUAGGAGUCUAAUUCCUGAUUACACCUGGUUUAUGAUGGGCUUACACUCCCCUCCAGCUCCACUUACCUCUCCUAGUUUGUCAACCCCUUUUUUCCCCCUUUUGCCCUGUAUUUUUAGUUUAUGUAUUUAAUUUGUUUUUUUCCUCAUAUUCAGUUAUUGGCCGCUAGGGUUUACUGUAAGGGGCAGGUCAUUGUAACAGUAUUGUGCUAACAGUUAUCCAGUCUUACAGGUUGUGUUGUGUUGCCCCCUAUCACAUGUUGCGAUUUGAUUAACACACUAACUUUGUGGAUGCUGUUUUACGUUUUUGUGUGCUUAGCGACGGUUCUGUUUUCUGGAGAGCUUGAGGAGGACGUUCUGUGAUACAGUUCCUGUCUUCUGUGGCUCUGGCAGAUGAGGUCUAUUAUCUCAGUGAAUAAAGUAAGCUUUAGUUAGCUCUGUAGGUAUAGCAGGGCAGGACUGGGCCCUUCUCGUUGGUUGGAUGGAUGUUUGUCUCUGUGUCCUGUGUCCUCCAAUUUAGAAUCAUUUAUCUUUCUUUGAAAUUAAUCACAGUUUCUGGCUCUAACUUAUUUUUCUGCUUUUGUAUGUGUUGCAUGUAAACAUGUCGUCAUUAGUAGGUCCCUAUGACAGAAUGUUUCCUUUCUGCUCAAGGUCUUUAAGUCCCAUAGCUGUGAUUUUUGUCCUCUUUAUUGUGAUUUGGUCACCACACUGUAUAGCAGAUCCAUCAGUUCAGUACUGUUAUCGUAGGAGGCUGGAGACCAUCAGACAGGACAUCUCGGUCGGGAAUCUGUCUUGAAUGUAGCUGAAACUUUGCAGAGGAAAAAAAGCAAUCAUUUUCUACCCAUUUGUGUACAAGCGUUUUAGAUCAUGAUAUAUACAUUGUACUAACUAAUUAUCAAGCAUUUAAUAAAUACUGAGAGACUAUUUAUUUAUGAAGGAAAGGAACGUCAGUACGUGUAAUGUAUAGCACAUGCUGUUGUCCUCCAGGUCUGCGCGUAACAGGUCCUCAUUGUGCUCAGAUUUCUGUGCACGGAUGCCUGUUAGCGCGUGGACCGUGGAACGCCACACUGGGGUUGGGUGUGGAGGACUGCGUGGCCCAGCCUCCAGCGCGCUUACGUCAGGAAGGGCCGCGUCCCGCACGAACAGCCACACCGAGUGGAGCUGCUCUUCAGGGGUUCCUGCUUAAAGAGGAAUUUCACCCAAAUGUUGAUUUAUUUAUUUAUUUUUUGUUGUUUUUGAAGGCAGUUUAACAAUAUAACAAAGGAUCUUGUCCAUAUUCAAGUCUAAAUAAUUUUAGUAUGAAAACAGCAAGUUGUUAGUGAAACCACCACAGAGAGUCCCAAUGAUUCAGAUGGUGGUGAAGACUUUAAUAUUGUGUGUGUUUGUUUUGGAAAAAUUAUUCCAAAUAUGUGGUGGGUUGAAAACAAAUCUUUAUAACAAGCCAGUGUUUUGUAUUAGUAGAAUAGCAUUAAUGUCGGUCAGAGAUUUGUAAGGUUGGGUGAUGGGGAGGUGGUUGUCCCAAGCGUUGAUGUGGAUUAUUUCUGAUGGUUUUUAUCAUUUAUAUUCUGAUCUAAUACAGUUCCAUUAAAUGAGUAGUAAUGUGUGGCGUCGUCGUAGUGAGGGCUGGUCAGUUUAUGGUUCAGUGAAAUCCAGCUUGCAGGAACUGAGAGUGAAUGUUGAAAGUUUCAAGAAAGAGGCAGCAAUAGUCACCAAAAUAGUGAAGCAUGACUCUCACUCCUGUGGAAAAGAGACUUUGUAAGGGCCUUCGUAAGACCCAGAGAAGGAUUCUGGAAAGUGCAUUGCAGUUCCUUUUAAUAAAACAAGGAUACUAUUUAUAUACAAGUAAACAGCACAGGAACAUUUAAAAAAGAUAUUUUUCUAAGCCCAUGACAUCAAAAGCUCAAAGCGUAUAAAUAAUCCUUUUUCCUUUUUUUAACAAUUCUGUUAGAAUUAUCUAGAAUUUUAUGAAAUCUACCUUUGCGUGCAAUUCCUCUUGUAUAACUAGUGAUAGAAGUCUUUUGUGCUUCUUCUAAACUCGUUACAUUUGUAUACUUCCUCUGACGCACUGGUGAAUGCUGGGGCCUUGAUGUGACAGACCGUGUGAGGAAGACCUCAUUCCAAAGGGCGUUUGACAGCUGUGAUAUUACCAGGGUUUCUCUCCUGCUGCAGCAGAGGCAAUCAGAUACUGAGGCUUUGACAAAGCCAAUACACGGUCAUUGUCUCUUCUUUUCUGUUUGUCUGCCUUAUCUGAACGUCAUUUGGCUUUCCCUAAGGUUAACACAUUGAGUCAGGUGAACUGUGAGCAGGUUUCUGAGCAACUGCAAGUCUGUCUGGCUGUGUUAAGUUUUCCUGGAGGGAUAUUAAUUGCCACAGUCAAUGUCGAAAGGCAAAAAUCAAUGGGUGCCUUGUGUUUGUAAAACCAAAUAAAUAAAUAAACUGUGAAAUCCA